CGACAAUAUUGCGUUUUCCAACAUAAUGUAGUAUAUAUAAUAUAGUAAACAUGAUAUUGUAAUAGCUAUCUAUUUGGAAAAAAUCCCAGAUUUCUAAAUCAAAAGAUGAGUUUCUGUGUAGAUCUGGUAUCUGAAGAUUCUUUUUACGAGAAUAUAACUCUGGGAGUUACUAAAAUAUUGGAAGGUGAUCCUCGAAUAUGCAAUGUCAACGUAGAGCGUAGAACACCGUGUGAUCGUGUGGCCAUAUCUUCUUGGGAACAACGACAUUCUGCAGUGUUACCAGAUGAUUUACGCAAUUUUUAUGCUUCAAGUGACGGCUUCCAGUUGACUUGGCAUUACAAAUAUUCAGCUGAUGACAUCUUACCUGUGGGGUCCAUCCAUGUAAAUCCACUGAGCGAACUAUAUCUCACACCAGCCUUGAAGGAUCUUCUGGACUUUUCUGUCAGUAGACAGGGUAACGGCCCUCGACCGGUGCUGAACACUAAAAGUAAGGUGUUCGAAUUGGACAGCUGCAGGACUAUUGGGAAGGUCUGCCUGAUCUACACUGGCGGCUCGUGGUCCGUAUGGCUGAUAACUCGCGAGGGCACGUGGGGCUGGCUGUCGGAUUCCUUCACCAUGUACUUCAGAAUGGCGCUGGUCCACCUCGGCUUGCCUGGCUGGCAAGCGGCAUUCGCCAAUCUACCGCUGAUACCCUGGGCCGAGCAAUUGUUCUUACUACUGGCGCCCCAUCUACUGGAGAAAGUCGACACUGAGACAACAUCUGUGGUGGUAGCCAACGAGCCGGGUUUGAAUCACAUCGACCCUAAUAUAUUCAAGAAUUCGGCGCGCCAUCACAAGAGUUCACGACAAACUAAUCAAUAAAUAGGUCUGUCUGCAUCCAAAUAAUAAUAAUACUACUGUCUAUUUAUUCGUGUCAUUUUUUAUGAAAGUGUGGUCUAGAUCAGAUGAUUAUUGUUAUUUUACUGUUAUUGAAUAAAAUAUUGUAUUAUAGCAUCUUUGAUGUUUUUGGUUUCGUAUUUAUACCUGUUCACUUUUGCAUUUUGGUUAAUAUAUUUAAAUGACAACUGGCAGUGAGUAACAUUUUAUUUGUUUAAAAGUGCAAUGUUAAGAAUAAAAUAAUAAAGCGAAAAUAAAAUAAGGAAUCGAUGUUACAUCAUGUAUAUUGAAUAAAUCUUGACAAUAAAAUUUACAGCUAAAUAACAAAAUAAAAUGGACGGAAUGUGAGAUUCUCAAUUAAGUACAAGCUAAUUUUAUAUUUUAUAUAACAUUAGGUACAAGUAAGAAUCCUUGAGAUUACGAUGAUACCUAUUGCUCAAAAUAAUACAAAUGCAAAAUAUGCAUAUCUUAUAAUAUAUA